AUGAGCCAGUUGAGCGCUGGAAAAAGUACACUUGGUAACUUGCUUCUCGACCAGCCACAUGAUAAUGGACCUUUCAUUGUGUCAGAUAGUGUGUAUUCCUGCACGCAACUAUGUGCUGAAUCAGAAGUGACAAUUGAUGGCCAGAAAUUUAAUAUUGUCGACACACCGGGAAUUUUUGAUACAAAUAGGCCUGACGAGGAAGUCUACAAAGAAAUUGCCAAAAUAGUUCAAAAAUGUGUUUAUGGUAUCAAAGCAAUCCUUUUUGUUUUCGAAGCAAAGCGGUUUACAGAAGAACAAAAAAAUGUCUUAGAUGGCAUAAGAAUGUUUUUUGGAGAAGGCGCAUUAAAUUAUAUAAUUGCCGUUUUUUCUCGUGCAACAAAAAAACAAAAUGCCGACAAAAAUGAAAUGCGACAAGCCUGGAAUCCAGCUAUUUCCUCCUUCAUUGGGAGUAUAGGAAACCGGUGGGGGAUAUCCCCAGAUUCAGAUUACUUUCCUCCAGAACAUGAAAAACAUCAAGUGCAAGAAAAAAUCCAACGCGAAAAGCAAGAGAAUGAAAAACAAAUAAGGACACAGUACGAAGAAAAUUUAAGAAGAGAAGGGAAAGAGAAAGCUGAUAGAGAAUUUCAAGAACAAAUGAAUAGAAUGCAUAACGAAUUUGAACAAAAACAAAAUGAUUCUAUAGUUGAGAUAAUAAAAGCAGUUGCGGGCUUGAUUACAGCG